GAACCGGUCCGAGCGGACCCGACGAGCUAGCGGCGGACGGUCGUGGUAGACGAUAGGUCACGGGAGGAGGAGGGAGCUGCGCGUGCUGCUCCGCUUGGCCUCACGCGCGCGGCGCCGAACGCUGCUCCGUCAGAUUCGAGAUCGCACGCACGGGCGAGCCAGAGCCGGAGCCGGAGGACGCGUGCGCGCGCGCUGACGCGGCAGAUUCGGCCCGUCGCGUCAGCGUUCGUCACGGACUCGCGUGCUGUCAGACCGGGUCAGGGCAGGGCAGGGCAUGGCGUGCUGCUUUGCUGCAAGAGGUAAUGGCACGGCAGGUCCUUCAACUUGUCUUGUAUGUGAUGGUUUGGUCCUCAAACUUGCAAAAGUAAAUUAUUUGGUCCUCCAACUUGUUCUCAAGGUGCAUAUUUGGUCCUGGCCCAAUCAGCAACAGCCAAGUGGAGCCAGCUGGGCUGAGCCGGUCAGCUUCGCACCUUUUGCAUUUAGCCCCUGCCGUUUAACGGAAUUAACUCGCGGGACACCACAUGGCGCCAAUGCCCGGCACCGCGGCGAGCUUGGCCGGCACGGUGCCGGAGAGGCGGUUGUGGUCUACCGCGAGGAACGACAGCCUGGGCAUCGCCGCAAUGGACUCCGGGAUGGUGCCCGCGAGGCGCACGUUGGACAGAUCGUGUCCCCGGCCAGGGAGCGCUACCCCGCCGGCGAACGCCUGUCUUCCAACCUCGCCGUAUCCUUCUUCUCCCACCAGGCCUCCCCAGCCAUGGCAGCUACAGGGCUGAACGCGUACGCGCGGCCAUACAGCCGCCGCUCCGCCCGCGCCCACCUCACUCCGCUAAAGCCCCAUCCUUCCACGAUGCUGGGGUACCACGGCCACGCCGGCUACCCGCCGCCUUCCCCGUUCGCCGCCAAUUACUCCCGCGCCACCUUCCCCGAGCACCACUACCCCGGGGCCCUCCCGCCGCGGCCUUUCUUCCGUGAGCACGUCGCCGCGCCGCGUUACGACCGUCGCCCGCGCGGGGUCAUGUUCGAUCCUGAGAAGAUGUACGCGCAGGUGAUGCACAGCUUCAGCUACAAGCAUAAGGGGCGAGCGGCCGCGGCCGGGAAGGGCAAGGGAGGACCCGUGACUCGCCCUCUGUUGCCGGCGGCACCGCCGUGCGGGCUGCGGGGGCAGCGGGCCAGGGGCAGGAGAAAGGUGUACGUGCCGGCCGCGCACGCCGGAGGUCGCCGUCGCAGUCGCUCACGAGGCGGAGGGCGUGGCCGGUGCCCCCGCCGGCCUGGGCCUGGUACGGCCGCAGCCGCACGACCGUGCGCGCCUCGAUGAUGAAGCUCCUCGACGACCCCUGCACCCGCGUGAACAGGCGGCACGGCCCUGGAGCGGUGGCCGCCGCGUCCGAUAUCCUCUACCUGCCCAUGGAUUUCAGGUGAUUCAUCUCAUGCUUGCUCUUCUCUCACGGGUUGACAGGGUGAUUUCUCUUGCCUGCAUUUAUGCUUGUGCGGUAGUGGAACAGAUUCUUAUCAAGUAUAGUAGCAUCAAAUGGACGAAGCCAACGUUAAUCCUGUAAGUCAGAAAAAUAAGAAGCGUACUUUCAAUAAGUUCCUCUUCUUUUGGCGAGACACAGUUUCACAAAGUACGUACGUACCGACUUGUUUUGUGUGCUUUGGGUUCUUUAUUAUUAUUAGUCAGGUAUAAUGAUCUUUCCGUCUUGCAAAAAUAAAUGGGUCAGUCUAUGUCACAUCUAGAUAUGAGAUAAUACCUCACAUCUAAGUGAAAUCGUCCUCUAAAAAUCUGUCCCACCUCGUUUGACAAACAAAAAAUUCGGCUUGUUUGUUUGUCGAUCUCCCACCUGGCCUGUUGCUUGUCUAUCGUCAACACUCGCCCACCCAUCCCGACUACCCCCACCUGGUGGGCCUUGUAAGUUGGGCUUUUGUAUUUUCUGUUUGUUUGUCUCAAAAUUUGCUCACGGGCCUGGCCCUUGUUUGUUAUUAGUAGAAAAAGACCUUGCUUGCUUGUAAAAGAAGUUGACUGCAGUUGACUGCAGAAGCUUGAUUCUGGUAUGUAGAGAAACAACACAGCAGUUGACUGCCGUCAGUGUGUAGCAAGAGGGAAUUUGUUUUGAUUUCUCCAGGAAACAACAAACUAUGGGCGCAGUUGCGAGACGAGAGUGGACUCGCAUUUGGGGCAACAACAAACUAUGAUUCCAAUUGUGAGUCGAGGAUAGACUUGCAAUUAAGACAACUACAAAACAACGAGCCCAGUGCGAGUCAAGGAUCGACUUGCAACUAGGAUGAAACAAACUACGGACCCAAUUGUGAGUCAAGGGUGGACCUGCCACCGGGAUGAAAAACUAAACAAAGGCCAAGUUGCGAGUCAAGAGUGAACUUGCAACUAGGUUUAAACAAACUACGAGUCUAGUUGUGAGUCGAUGCUAUACUUGCAAUUGGGACAACUACACAAAACUAUGAUACGAGUUGCGAGUCGAGGGUGGACUUGCAACUGAGAUAACUACACAAAACUACGAUACAAGUUGUGAGUUGCGAGGGUGGACUUGCAACUGAUACAACUACGAAACUACAAGCCUAGUUGCGAGUUUAGGGUGGACUUGUGAUCGGGAUGAAAAACAAACCGCAUGCCUAGUUGUGAGUCAAGGAUAGGUUUGCAACUGGAAUGAAACAAAUUACGGGCCUAAAUGCCAGUCAAGAGUGAAUUUAUAAUUGGGACAACUACACAA